AUGAGAGAAAUCAUUCACGUUCAAGCAGGUCAAUGUGGCAAUCAGAUUGGUCAAAAGUUCUGGGAAACCAUCAGUCAAGAACAUGGUAUCGAUGGCACAGGUGCUUAUGCUGGUGACAAUGAUCUUCAAUUGGAACGUAUCAAUGUCUACUAUAACGAAGGCUCCACUGGCAAAUAUGUACCAAGAGCUGUGCUUGUUGAUUUGGAACCUGCUACAAUGGAUGCUAUUCGAGGCAGCACCUAUGGCAAGCUCUUUCGACCAGACAACUUUAUCCAUGCUCAAUCGGGUGCUGGUAACUCAUGGGCCAAGGGUUACUACACCGAGGGUGCUGAAUUGGUGGAAUCUGUAUUGGAUGUGAUUCGCAAGGAGGCUGAACACACUGAUUGCUUGCAAGGCUUCCAGUUGGCUCACUCCCUUGGUGGUGGCACUGGCUCGGGUAUGGGCUCACUCUUGCUUUCCAAGAUCCGCGAAGAAUACCCAGAUCGUAUGUUGUGUACCUAUUCAGUGGUGCCAUCUCCAAAGGUCUCUGAUACCGUCGUGGAGCCUUACAAUGCCGUAUUGACCGUACAUCAACUCGUGGAAAAUUGUGAUGCCACCUUUUGCAUUGAUAACGAAGCUCUUUACGACAUUUGCUUCCGUACUCUCAAGCUUACCAACCCUGGCUAUGGUGAUCUCAAUCAACUCGUAUCAGCUGUCAUGUCCGGUGUCUCUACCUCGUUGCGUUUCCCUGGUCAAUUGAACUCUGAUCUUCGUAAACUCUUUGUCAAUAUGGUGCCAUUCCCUCGUCUUCACUUUUUCAUGGUUGGCUUUGCACCUUUGACGGCCUUUGGUUCACAACAAUACCGUAAUUUGAGCGUCCCUGAACUUACAGCACAAAUGUUUGAUGCUCGUAACAUGAUGGCUGCUUCUGAUCCUCGUCAUGGCCGUUACCUUACUGUGGCUACCAUGUUCCGUGGUCGUCUUUCCACCAAGGAGGUUGAGAACCAAAUGUUGGCUGUGCAGCAAAAGAACUCGUCUUACUUUGUGGAAUGGAUUCCUAACAGCGUCAAGACAUCUUUGUGUGACAUUCCACCUGUCGGUUUGAAAAUGUCGGGCACUUUUAUCGGCAACAGCACCUCUAUUCAAGAAUUGUUCAAGCGUGUCAAUGAGCAAUUCACGGCCAUGUUUAGACGCAAGGCUUUCAUGCAUUGGUACACGGGUGAAGGCAUGGAUGAAAUGGAAUUCACCGAAGCUGAAUCCAACAUGAACGAUUUGGUGUCGGAAUAUCAACAAUACCAAGAAGCCACUGCCGAUGAAGAAAUGUUGGAUGAUGAAGAGGAGUAUCUCGAAGAGGAUGAGCAACCAUUGGACGAUUAG